CUGUUCUCCACACUUCGAGAGUCUCCGCAAGACUGAGAGAAGAAAAUCCUUUCCCGGGGCUGGGUGCCAUGCAACAGCCCUUGGAUUAUCAAUGUCCCCAAAUUUAUUGGGUGGACAACAGUGCCACCUCUGCUUGGGCUCCUCCAGGGUCAGUUUUUCCCUGUCCAUCUUCUGUGCCUGAAAAGCCGGACGAGAGGAGACCACCACCACCUCCAUCACCGCUACCACCUCCAUCACAACCACCACCACCACCACCCCUGCCGCCACCGCCCCCUCUAAAGAAGACGAAGGACCACAACAUAGACCUAUGGCUGCCGGUGGUGUUUCUGAUGGUGCUGGUGGCUUUGGUUGGAUUGGGGUUAGGAAUGUAUCAGCUCUUCCAUCUGCAGAAGGAGCUGGCAGAACUCCGUGAGUUCACCAACCAAAGCCUUAAAGUAUCAUCUUUCGAAAAGCAAACACAACACCAGAAUCUACCCUCUAAAAAACAAGAACCGAGGUGUGUGGCCCACUUAACAGGCAACCCCAGCUCAAAGUCCGUCCUUCUGGAGUGGGAAGACACAUACGGAAUUGCUCUGAUCUCUGGAGUAAAGUAUGAGAAAGGUGGCCUUGUGAUCAAUGACUCUGGGUUGUACUUUGUAUAUUCCAAAGUAUACUUCCGGGGUCAGUCUUGCAACAACCAGCCCCUAAACCACAAGGUCUACAUGAGGAACUCUAAGUAUCCUGGGGAUCUGGUGCUAAUGGAGGAGAAGAAGUUGAACUAUUGCACUACUGGCCAGAUGUGGGCCCACAGCAGCUAUCUGGGGGCAGUAUUUAAUCUUACCAGUGCUGACCAUUUAUAUGUCAACAUAUCUCAACUCUCUCUGAUUAGUUUUGAGGAAUCUAAGACCUUUUUUGGCUUAUAUAAGCUUUAAAAGAAAAAGCACUUUAGGAUUAUCUGUUAUUCCUUGUCAUGGGUACUAGGAAUAUUGUCUUGAAUGAGAGUCUUCUUAAGACCAAUUGAGGUUAAUUGAAACUAACUGAGCCACAAAAACGUCGUGAUCACAAGGUUCAAUAGGUCAGCUAUCCUUCAUUUCCCAGAGGUCCAUGGAGUGGUCCCUACCACUCCCAUCAUGAGCCAGAUGGAAGGAGAACUGUGGCCAAGGAACAUAGAACUUUAGGCUGCCACGUGCUGAUACAGAGGCACGGAGAAGGAACUGUCAGAUGCUAAAUGGCCAAGAGAAUUUUAGCCAUUGAAGAGGACACUUUUAAACUCACCUUUCAGGGUGGGUCUGCUUACUACCUCAGAAAAGACCAUCUUUUAGACACAUAGUUGUGAUCUGAAAAUACAAGGGAUGGGAAAGGGGGCCGGGUUUGAAUGAUAAGCUACAGACUGAAAGAGGCCAAUGUCUCAUUGGCAGCAUCUUUACUUUUAACUGGUGUUUUUCUGAGCCAACCUUUGAUGGUAACAGAGAAAUAAGAGGGAUGUUUGAGGCGCAAAUCAUUCUUUACACAGCAUGUGUACCUCCAGUGCAAUGGUGUCUGUGUGUGUUUGUAUGUAUGAGAGAGCAGACAGUCUCAUAUAAAUAGAAUGUGUUCAUUACGAAGUACAUAUCAGAAGCAUAUGUGUUAC